AUGAUACUGGAUACAAUGCAAUGUGAGUUGUGAGGUUGGUGCUGUGAAUCCAACAUGGAGGAGAAGAUGGGUGGAGAGCCGCGUGCUUCUUCAGGAGCCCCCUGCUCCAAUCCUUCCUGCUGCAGGAGCUCCACCAUAGCCUUCCUCUUCCUCUUCCUCAUCAUCGGGAUCUUUGCAGGCCUGGCUAUUGCCUACCUGGUGCAGGAGCAGCAUGAUUUCUUGGAGAUGGUGGAGCUGAAAGGUCUGAAGUAUGAUCCAGUUCUGUCAGAUGACAACUCUGGUUUCUCCAUCGUACUGACAUCAGUUUUGCAGUCCGCGAUCAAAAAUGUCUUCACUGUCUCGUCGAUAUCGCAGCACUACCUUGAUUGCAGUAUUGUUGCCUAUGGUAACAUUAAUGGUGAAGUGAUGGCAACAUUCAGACUGGUCUUCAUGGUGUCCAAGGUCCAGCAGUAUUCAGACAACUUUGUCCAGGAUCUGCUGAGAGUGGGACUCGGCUCAGUAAUGCACGGGAAACCACUUGAGGUGCCAAAAUUCGGAGAGAUCACGGCUAUCGUCCUACUGGGAGCCAGUGGGAAGUCCUUUUAUUCUAUUGGAAAUGAGAUGACAGCCAAGUGUCCUGACAACACCUUCACUUGCGACAACGGAGAAUGUGUCACAAAAAUAAAUCCAGAGUGCGACUUCAUCUCCGACUGCGCAGAUGGAUCUGAUGAAGCUCGUUGUGACUGUGGUGUACGUCCCGCUACGGGGAUUCGGGUGGUGGGCGGCGCGGACGCCCGGCAGGGCGAGCUGCCGUGGCAGGUCAGUCUCAGGCUCUACGGAAGCCACACGUGUGGAGCCUCCGUGGUCAACGAGCGCUGGCUGGUCAGUGCGGCACAUUGCUUCGAGGGGAGCAGCGACCCCAAGGACUGGACGGCGCUCCUGGGGGCCAGACUUGUGAGCGGGGUCGAGUCGGAGUCCACGACCAUUAACAUCAAGUCGCUGGUCGUGUGUCCGGACUACAACCCCAUGACCAACGACAACGACGUCACCGUACUGGAGCUGGAGACGCCGCUCACAUUCAGCGCUUCCAUCCAGCCCGUGUGCCUGCCCGCCCCCUCCCACGUGUUCCCCCCCGGGCAAAGCUGCGUGGUCUCAGGGUGGGGCGCGAUAGAACAGUUUAAUCCCAAGUUGCCUCCAAUACUACAAAAGGCUGUGGUGAAAAUCAUCGACUCCAACGUGUGCAACAAGUCGUCUGUGUACAAAGGAGGGGUUUCUCAGAACAUGAUGUGUGCCGGAUUCCUGCAGGGCAAGGUGGACUCGUGUCAGGGUGACUCCGGGGGGCCUCUGGUGUGUGAGGGGGCCCCGGGGAGGUUCUUUCUGGCCGGGGUGGUGAGUUGGGGUGUCGGCUGUGCCCAGAUCAACCACCCUGGGGUUUACUCCCGCAUCACCAGGCUUCGCAACUGGAUCUUGAGCUACACGGAUCCCGGCUUGGUCCAUGAUUACUAUCAUCAUGUUCCUCCUGUGCAUGUCACUGUGCCAGCAAAAAGCUCUACUAAACCCCCACCCCCCGGGACCAUCGCCUUGGAUGCGUCAGCCGCACCAACGCAGACUGUCCUCAAUUGCACUGGGAACUUCCAGUGUGGCGCCACCUCCUGCAUCAGCAAAGUGAACCCGGAGUGUGACGGCGUCCCAGAUUGCCCCAACCAGGCAGACGAAAGCAACUGUGAGUGCGGCUUGCGUCCCGCACUGGGCGCCCACAGGAUCGUAGGUGGAGUCACCGCUCGAAGGGGGGAGUGGCCUUGGAUCGGCAGUCUCCAGUACCAGAGACUUCACCGUUGCGGUGCCACACUCGUCCACAGCAAAUGGUUACUCACAGCGGCGCAUUGCCUCACAAGCAGUGACCCUAGCCCUACUAACUGGGCUGUGAGCCUGGGGUCCGUGCUGCGCUCUGGAAUAGGAGCCCUGGUCAUCCCCAUCCAGAGGGUCAUCAUCCACCCGGCCUUCAAUGGCACCAACAUGGACCACGACGUGGCUCUGUUGGAGCUGGCAGUCCCCGCCCCCAUGUCCUACACCAUCCAGUCCAUCUGCCUCCCCUCACCGGUGCACCGCUUCCUCAAGGACACCGAGUGCUACAUCGUGGGCUGGGGGUCCAUGAGGGAAGGAGGUUCGUUGACCAACCUGCUGCAGAAGGCUGCAGUGAGCAUCAUCGACCAGGCAGACUGCCAGCGGUCUUAUGGAAACGUGCUGACUCCUAACAUGAUGUGUGCUGGGCACAUGGAGGGAGGGAGGGACACCUGUAUGGGGGACUCUGGAGGGCCGCUGACCUGCCGCCAGCCCUCUGCCCCGUGGUUUAUUGCCGGAGUGACCAGCUGGGGACACGGUUGUGGGCGAAUUGGUUUUCCAGGGGUUUACACUGAUGUUACUUCUGUCAGGAAAUGGAUAUCUACAUACAUGCCUUUCUGAAGAGGCAAAAAGAAGCUGAAACUACAAAAAGUUGACAAACGACGUGGAUUUUCUUGAUACAUUUUCAAAAAGGACGAAAGUCAUGCAUAAAGCCACACGUACAUCAUUUCCACAGUAUUGAUUAUUGGUGCUGUUUUCAGUUCUUUGAACUGGGACCAUCCUCUUUCAUAAUGUACUGAAGAAAUAGGAUUAGUGAACUGGAGUAGGGUCACUAUGAUCGCACAUGCAUGAUUGAAAGUAUUUAUUUCAGUUUAUUUAUUUUCCGGACUGCUAAACCUUUUUUCCUU